CGCAUUUUUGCUUUUUAAUAUUUGAUCAAAAAUUGACCGCGAUAGAAAUUUUGCGGUGGACCAUCAUUAAAAUUCGGCUUAAAAUCAAUGUGGUCAUCCGUCACAGGUUGGGAGAGUAGUUUACGCUGGAUCAAACUGAGGUCUCUGUAAAACUGCUCAGGACCAGUGGGAGGCAGGUCCAAAUAACACUGGAUGUAAAUGCCAGUAGAAGGAAACAAUUUAAUGCAACAACGCUUACACCAAACAUCCUUGAUUUUUUCUUGCAAUGAACGACAAUAAAACUCUGGUCUAAUGCCAUUGAAAAAGCUAAUGAAUGUUCUAAAGACUUGCUUUACUCCAUCAAACACAAUGGAAAAACGGUUUUUGAGUGUGAUUCCUUCUUCAGAAGGCACACCCAAAUUGUUUGAGCAAAUUUGAAUUCAUGAUGGCUUUGCUUAUUUUUAAAGUGAGCUGUCUUUUGCAGUGGACAACGUCAUUCAGCCUGUUUGCAAAUGCUCGCUUGCUUGAGGAUUUUGUUGGUGAUACAUCCUAUCUUAAUUUACUCGUUAGGUCUUAUGACACUCCUAAAUGUUCCUAGAUCUCUCAAUAACAUUAUGCUUGCUGUAAUAGUGUUCGGUAGAGUCGUAAUGAAGAUUUUCCAGGCCUGUCAUUGUAGGCUAAACAUAGAUACACUCCAAUGGUAUUUUAGAUAGUUUAAAU